ACAGUACCACUUCCAUCAGUGUACUGUAAACAUAACAAACAAGUAGACAAUACUUCAUCGUACCCUAUUAUUUUGCAUUCGUGUUUGCUGUUAUUACGUUGAACAGUUGGAACAGGUGGAAUUUCAUUGGAAUGUAGACUACCCUAGGGUUUUUUUCUUAUUGUUGCUUUUGGCUUUACCUCUGUUAAAAUUUGAAUUUUUGCAAGGAAUGGAUUUGGACCUACUUCCAUCGCACUUGAUCUUGGGCAUGGGAAAAUCUACUGGUCUGGGUACACUGAGGAUAAGGGUGGUACUAUCUCAACUGCCAAUCUCGACGGCCGCUCCGUUAAUAUAAUCUACACUUAUGACCAUUCUGUGCUACCUGCUUUAACCUUGUUUGAUCCCUUCUCUGAGUACCUCUUCUGGACAACAAGCGGUGGUGUAGCGGAAAUUGCGAGAGUACUUGAGAAUUCUGGUGACAAGGAGGUUGUAAAAUCUGUUAGAGCAGAAGCAAUGGGCUUAGAGCGAUGUGUUGAUGAUACCACCCGUCUGUUUUACUACACGGAGUCCAGUAGAUUGAGCUUAAUCAAUGCUGACGGGAGCGGGGAUCAGACAAUCAAGGUAUUCUCUGACCACUCUGUGGGCUACACACCGAUCAGCAAGUAUGGGGGCAAGAUGCUCUGGCUGGGCACGGAUCCUGCCGAUUUUAUAGUAAACAUAUACGAGUACGAUCUCAAGUUUUCUUCUGUCAGGCUCCUCAACAAGACGGUAACAAUGAAUGACGGCAGCCAGCGUACCAUCGCGUAUCCAGGCGCGUUAAAGAUAAUUUCGAAUGUUUUGUAUGACCAGCCUGUUGCCAUAGAAAGAUGUCCUGAGAACAUCGUAGCUGUGAUUGACGACAACAACAGCGCAUUGCCAGUUUACUGGGUUGAGCCUGUUUUGAACAGCUUGUCCAGUUGUCCCAGAAUGAGCUUCCUGGGACCAGGAAGUAAUGGCGGGGAUUACCCUAUUGGCGUAACUGAGGUGUCCUACCAAGCCAUAGAUGCUGCAGGAAACACUGAUAGAUGCUCAUUUACAGUGACGGUUCGAAGGGCCCAUGAAUCUUGUUCUGACCAAUGCAUGUCGAAUGGAGGGACUUGUGAGGAAGGCACUUGCAUUUGCCCGGAAGGAUUUGCAGGCACUGCAUGUGAGGAGAAGCUUACAUCAGUGACGUGUAAAAGUGACUCGAUGACCGUCAUCAUAAGUAAUGGUCUUUUCGUUGGCAUUGACCCGGAAGAUGUUCAUUUUCGUGAUCUUUCCUGCACAUAUGUCGAUAGCAAUUCUACCCAUAUGACUCUGUUUACGAACUAUGAUGAGUGUGGUACCACCAACACGGAAAAUGAUACAGCCAUUACAUUCUCAAAUGUCAUCGCUUAUUACAAGCCUGAGGCUUUACCUGGCACUGAUAUCACCCGUGAAUAUCAGAGGGAACUUGAGGUUUCGUGCUGUCUUCCCAAGACCUCGCAAGUCGGCCAAUCUUUCAAACCAACGCUCGGUGAAAUAAAGUUUAGCGAUAUAGGAUCCGGUCACUUCCGCCUGAAUAUUAAACGGUUCAAGAGGGAGUCGUUUGAUGAGCCCGAAGAUGACAACGCUGCGGUCUGGCAAGGCGAGACGGUCUACUUUGAAGUCCAACUUGACUCGGUAGAAGAAGUUGGUAUGUUUAUUGAACGAUGCUGGGCGACAGCCGGCCAAGAACCCGAUUCUGUUCCACGCCAUGAUCUGUUUACCGACAGAUGCCCUUCCGAUGUGGAUGGAACGGUCCAAGUCUUUUUUCCGAACAAAACGGAUCGAGAAGGAUUUAAGUUUGACGCAUUUACCUUUGUUGGAGAUCAUGACAUGGUAAUUCAAAUAUAACUGAGGAUAUUCAGGAGUGGAUCUCGCUUUAUUUCAAAGGGGGGGUCAAACAGAAGGACCCUCUCCCGCGAGCCGCGAAGCGGCAAGCCGAUUGUUUCUUAUUUUCGUUUUGUUUUCAAUUUUUUGCCACUUUUCCUGACAUCUACUAAAUGCAAUGGAGUCCAUUAACGGCAGUUCAUUAUAGCGAUUUUUGUUUAAAUCAAUUAACAGUUUAAUACACAUUUAACAUUUAAUAAGUUAAGGGAAAACUUCCACUUAUAAAUUAUAUAUUUGAUCAUAAAUGAUAUGUGAGCAAGCUGCAUACUAUUGUUCAACUUCUGUGGAAUAAUUGCGUGAGCAUAAAGAAGUUAUAUCAGCUGAUUUUAAAUACAUUGACCUGCAAAUUAAUAACCGUUUGCAGUGUCUCUAGAAUACUAUAUGAUACAUGUCUUACUAAUCAAAUUAUGUAAGCACGAAGCACGAGUAUAACAUUUAUCGACCUGAAAACUUGUUAUUCUCAGUAAAUGUUGUAACCAUGAAUAGAAUGGAUAUAUACUGGCCCAAUUUAUUGAUUUGCAGUGACUCAUGGUCAGAAUAUAUAUCGAAUCACGAAUCAAAUGAUGCGAGCGCGAAGCGUAAGCUGUUUUUUUUUUUAAUUCUUAUUGAAAACUGAAAAGGUUAACCACUUCUUGCGAUUAUAAAUAGAAUAGGUAUCUAAUCGUGCAAUUAAAGCGAGCGGGAAGCGCGAUUUGAUUUUUUAUAUAUAGAUUUCUUCCUAAAACAGGACAUUACAAGCAAAGUAACAAUGACCAGGAUGGGUAUGUAUCUAAAUAAUUGACGCGAGCGCGAAAAGGCAGAUGAUUUUUUCUAUUUCAGACAUGAAAACAAGACAUCAAGACAUGUUUUGCAAUCCUGAAUAUAAUGGGUAUAAAACUCAACAAUCGAUGCGUGCGCAAAGCGCGAUCGAAAAAAAAUGAUUUUCUGACCUGAAAACUGUACACUCUACGCACCAGAGAAUUAUUUUUAACAUGGAAAUUUCUGGUAACAAGCUGAUUUUUCAGGGUAGGUCCUGGAGUGUGUCUAGAAUGUGUCUAGACUAAAAGUCCUCAUAAAUCCUCCCGGGGGGGCUCCGUAAUCUAAGAUGGCGUCCAAAAUUGCCGCCAUUCACAGAAAUUGGACGUAAAUCACUCAUCCACCCUAGACAUCCAAUUUCGGUGCAUAUGUCAUGGUUUAGAGAGUUGAAAAGAUAUUUUUAUAGAGGCUACAGUGAACAUAAGCAGUCCAGGGUAACUGGAAAUCCAAGAUGGCGUCCAAAAAUUGCUGCCAAAGUCUAAAAAUCCCCAGUUCAUCUAUUACUUACUUAAGUGUUUUUUAUUUUGUUUCUAUUUGAUGGUUUAAGGGUCAAGUAGUACAUUGGGACAUAUAAUUUUGGUGUCUAAACCAUGGUAUAAAGAGCCAAAUAAUACAUUGGGACAAGUUACAAGGACAGCCUGGUCCAAUAUGUCUAGAAAUCCGAGAUGACUGCCAAAAAAUGAGUAUAAAAUGACUGCUGAUAAUUAAAACGAGCAUAGUUAGUUUCAUAUAUCCGCCAUAGAGAUACGAUUUUGGUGUCUUAACUAUGAUUUCAAGGGCCAAGUAUUACAUUGAUUCAAGUUACAAAGAUAGUCAAAAGGCAAGUAUGUCUAAAAAUCCAAGAUGGCUUCGAAGAUGGAGUCUAAAAUUGCUGCUUUUACUUAGAAAUUUACAUAGUUAAUUUAAACCACGGUUUAUAGGGUUAAAGAAUACAUUGGGGCAAGUUACAAGGACAGUUAGCGGUCUAGAAUAUAAAAAAAAAUCCAGAUGGCUUCAAAAGAAAGGGCCUGCCGUGUAAGUAAAAAGAAAAUUGACACUUCACAAAUCCCCAAUUUAAGGAAAAAAUAUGUCAUAAACGCAUCAUGUAUAUGGCUGGAAAAAUAUCAUCUCCCAAAUAAUAAUUUUGAUACCAUAUUUAUGUUGUAUUUUUUCACGCUUGGAUAAUCAUUGGUAUUCUUUGCAUCGAUGUAAAAAAUGUUGACUUGCGCAAAAGUAAGGCAUGACUGCAAUGAAUGAAUCCAGGUGACAAUGAUGUCAUGAUCCCACCUGAGUUAGUAAAAAUACUUUAUGCAAGUCCCUUUUCAAUGAAGUUAACUUAUGAAUUGAUACAAUAUGUGUUUAUUAAACAAUGAUAAUACCCUUUCAUGCGAUACAUUAUGAUUGUGUGCCAUGACAUAUUUUUUUUCUUAAAUAGGGAAUUUGUUAAGUGUCUAGUUUAUGUUUUUACUCAAACUGUAUAUUGAUUGCUUGUACUAAAAAUCUGGAUUUUUUUUUUUAUUAAAAAUCCACCUAUGAGACAU